AUGACCAACUUGGAAUGGCUCCGACGAGAGCGCUUCGUCGUCACAACAUCUCCCCUGGCCGCUGUGCUCCUGUUCCUCGCCGCCGUGUUCGUCAUAGAAUACCUCAAGGCGCUCGUCGAGGUCGGGAGCGACACGCUGAGGGAGGCGCUGAACAUUAUGACCAUGGUAGCGAUGGAGUACCUGGACGUGCUUCGGCUGCCUACUUUGGCCGACAUGACGACCCGAAAUAUGUCUUGCGCCGUGGCCUAG